AUGAAGAUUGCCAGAUUCCGUUCAGGAAGUCGAACCGCACACGGUGUAGUUUUCGACGACGAAGUGGCCGAGAUUAGGGGAAGUAUAUACACCAGCUUCAGAAUUACAGACACACGACAUCCGCUUUCCGAAGUGAGAUUUUUGCCGCCCACAGACCCGGGGGAACUAUGGGGCCCGGGACUGAAUUUCGUAGACCACCUUGAAUACGCUGGCUCGGUUUUUGGGCAAGACGCAAUGCCGGUGCCGGAAAAACCCCAACCCUGGCGCAAGGGUCGCAACGCGCUGACCGGUGUGAACGACCCGAUAAUCAUUCCCAAGGACACUGCCGGAGAGGUGCACUAUGAAGGGGAAGCGGUGGCGGUGAUUGGGAAAGUCUGUCGCCGUAUUUCUGUGGAACGAGCUUCUCACUAUAUCCUGGGCUAUACCUGCGGGAACGACGUCAGUGAACGGUCCUGGCAGAAGGAUGACUGGACAUUCUGGCGAGCUAAGGGUGCCGAUACUUUUGCCCCGGUUGGGCCGUGGAUCGAAACUGAAGUGGACCCUCAACAACUGGACUUGCUGGUGCGCAUAAACGGUGAAGAAGUCCAGCGGUGCAACACCUCCGAUAUGCUGUUCAGCUUCGCAGAAAUAGUUAGCUACAUCAGCCAGCAGGUAACUUUGAAGCCAGGCGACCUGGUGUUUUCCGGAGCAACCGGAGUAACCCGUGCCAUUACGCCAGGAGACGUGGUGGAAGUUGAUAUACCCGGCGUCGGGGUCCUGAGUAACCCGGUUAUUGCCGAAUUCGAAGCAGGUCAGGGAAAAUAG